AUGAAUAAGGUUCAAUCACAACAAUGGGAUAGCUUACCUGUGGGGGACAUUGAUAGUUUCGAAGACCUCGUAUCCAAAUUUCAGGUGCAGUUCAGUCAGCAAAGGCGUCACACCAAAGAUAGAAACGAACUUCUCCACAUACGUCGGCGAGACAAUGAAAUAGUGGAAAGUUUCAUCGUCAGGUUCAACAAAGAAAGCCUGGCGAUCCCAGGCAUCACAAACGACCUGGCUUGUGGUGCUUUCCUGCAGGGAGUAAAUGACGACGAGUUAUUAAGAACAUUGUAUGGAAGGGAUGGCGUACCCUCCACCAUCGAUGAGAUCUUGAGAACAGCUAAAGUGUAUGUGACACAGGAAAAGACAGUGGCAGCCAAUCACGCUGCUAACAGGAAGAAGGAAGCACAAAAAAGCCAAGACGAUAGGGAGCAGUGGAACUCCAAAGGCAAAAAUAGGGGAGAUAGGGGCUCUUGUUCAAGAAACAAGUCAUCCUCAAGGUCAAGAUCGGAAUAUCCUAAUCUGAGCAAGACGCCGGCAGAAAUCCUGGCCUCUGAGAACCUGAAACUCAAUCCUCCCAAGCCAUUGAAAGACACACCCAAUAAAGACGCCAGCAAAUGCUGUGAAUAUCACAAGGGCAGUGGCCAUGAUACUAACGAUUGCUAUCAGUUGAAGAAGCAAAUCGAAUAUUAUGUGAAGACGGGUAAGCUGGCUCACUUGGUUCGAGAUAUAAAGCAGGGUCCGCCCCCUAACAGGGAAGAUGCAGACAAAGGGGCAGGCAAGAGACAGCGGGAGUUAAACAUGGUAUAUGCCGAUAAAGGAAAGGGAGCGAAACAAAGUUUCUCCACACUCGAGCCUUGGAUGCUGGCAACCAUAACGGUCGAACCACGGUUUGAGGAUUUACACCUCACCAUUGACCCCCUAAUCAUAUCCGCCGUUGUAGGCGACUACAACAUGAGGAGGAUCAUGGUAGACACCGGGAGCUCUGAAGACAUAAUCUCUGAGCACUGUUUCCACAGGAUGCAACCGGAAGAUAAAAAGUUGCUUGAGUCAGUACACGCCCCUAUAAAGGGGUUCACUGGAGAAAAGGUUGAUCCAAUCGGCCAAAUCACCUUCCCGGUGACAUUUGGACUCGCCCCUCGUGAAAGAACCAUACUCCUCACAUUUCUUGUGGUACGUGCUGAAUCCUAUCACAAUGUAAUAAUUGGAAGGUUUACUCUGGGGAAACUAGACGAUGUUGUAUCCACAGCGCGAGGAUUCAUGAAGUUCCCCACACCCAGAGGGAUUGCAACAGUUUACCGGGACAAGGUGCGUGAAGUCUUAGAUACAAAAAGAUAUCGGCAAGGACCUACAGGUGCCAUCGGCCCAGAAAGGUGGGUUUUGAGCACACGCCACCCCGAGCAAACAGUUACAAUAGGAGACAGCCUCUUUCCUGAAGUAAAAAAUAACUUGAAACAAUUGCUAAGGAGGAACACUGAUAUCUUUGCUUUUGAACAUUCUGAUAUGACCAGGAUACCCCGGGAUAAGGCAGAGCACAGGUUAGCUAUUCUCUCAGGAAUCAAACCACUGGACCAGGGAAAGCGUAGCAUGGCCCCUAAUCGAAGAGAUGCAGUUGUAAAAGAAGUACGAAAGUUGGUGGAAGCUGGAAUCCUCUGGGAAACCAAAUAUCAUACAUGGGUAUCAAACCCCGUUAUGGUCAAGAAACCAGAUGGCACAUGGCGGAUGCGCAUCGACUUCAAAGACUUAAACAAGGCCUACCCUAAAGACGCUUAUCCGCUACCCGAGAUGGAUUUCAAAGUUGACUCGUUGGUCCCUUUCAAGUACAAGUGUUUCUUAGACGCCUAUAAGGGCUACCACCAAAUCAAGAUGUCAAGAGAAGACGUAGAAAAAACUUCGUUUCACACCGAUAUAGGCAUUUUCUGCUACACCAAAAUGCCUUUUGGUCUACAUAAUGCUGGGGCCACCUAUCAACGACUCAUGGACAAAGCCUUUGAGAAGCAAAUAGGCAGGAAUUUGGAAGUAUAUGUCGAUGACCUGGUGAUCAAGAGCAUGGAAGAAAAACAAGUGCUCGAGAACAUCGAGGAAACUUUUCAAAAACUAAGAGAGUACAACAUCAAGCUCAACCCCAAGAAGUGCUCAUUCGGGGUAGAAGAAGGCAAGUUUUUGGGGGUGGUGGUCACCCGGGAUGGCUUUAGAGCUAACCCAGAAAAGAUAACCGCAAUAACGCGAAUGCCAUCACCCCGAACCCUGAAAGAAGCACAAGCGUUGAAUGGUCGUUUAGUCACCAUAAACAGGUUCCUGGCAAGGCAUGCUGAAAAGACUUUGCCAUUCAUAAAAACCUUGAAAGACUGUCUCAACAAGAACAACUUCAAAUGGACCAGUGAAGCAGAGGAAGCCUUACAAGACAUGAAGAGGUUCAUUGAAAAGUUACCCAUGUUGACAGCACCUUACCCAAAAGAACUAUUGAAAAUGUACCUGGCGGCGGCACACAACGCUGUAAGCGCAGUACUCAUAGUCGAAAGGGAUGGCAAACAUACGCCCAUAUACUACCUUAGCUGGGUACUAGCGGGACCUGAAACGCGGUAUCCAACACUUGAAAAACUGGCAAUUGAGCUGGGAGCCCUAGACAUCGAAUAUCGAAAAAGAACAGCAAUCAAGGGGCAGGUAAUCGCCGAUUUCUUAGCUGAAAUUCCUGAUGGAGAAGUAAUACAAGAUCUGGCAGUCAAUGACAUACCAGAAUCUAGCACGGCCAGGCAAACAUGGAAGUUGUACACAGACGGGUCUUCCAGUGGAAAGGGGGCCGGAGCGGGCCUCAUGCUGAUAAGCCCAGAUGAAAUAAAAUUGAUGUACGCCAUGCGGUUUGACUUUGAAUGCUCCAACAAUGAAGCAGAGUAUGAAGCGUUGUUAGCGGGUCUAAGAAUGGCCCAGUCCAUGGGAGCAACAAGGGUUGAUGCGUAUGUUGACUCUUUACUGGUCAAUAACCAGGUGAAUGAGACUUAUGAAGCCAAGGAUGAGACGAUGGCAAAGUACUUGGCUAAAACCAAGGAACUUAUAGCUUCUUUUGACAACGUUACACUUAAUCACAUCCAUCGAGGGAGGAAUCAAAUAGCUGACGCCCUAAGCAAGCUAGCUACUUCUGGCAUGGAAAAGGAGGUGAAGGUGGAAACGCUCCAGUCACCUUGCAUAGAUUCUCGAGAAGUAUCUGCCAUCACAGCGGAAGAACCUUGCUGGAAGUCGUAUUUGGGACCACUAAUACGGUGUGUAUCCCCAUCGGAAGCCACAUACUUGAUCCAAGAAAUUCACGCUGGUAUAUGUGGCAUUCACGCCGGGCCCCGGGCAGUCGUUGCUAAGAUCCAUAACGCUGGGUACUAUUGGCCCGGGAUGCAUGAAGAUGCGGUAGGCGAACUCAGAAAAUGCCGUAGCUGUCAAAACUAUGCCCCACAAACACUCCGCCCUAAAAACAAUUUGAUUCCCGUUACGGCGGCCUGGCCUUUUCAAAAAUGGGCAGUUGAUAUCGUGGGGCCAUUCCCGCUGGCCGCAGGAAAGCUAAAGUACUUAAUCGUGGCAAUCGACUAUUUCACCAAGUGGGUCGAAGCAAAGCCUUUGGCCAAGAUAACUGCUGAAAAUGCCAAGAAAUUCCUAUGGGAACAUAUAGUUUGCCGAUUUGGAUUGCCGCUAUAUCUUGUAAGCGACAAUGGAACAUAA